AUGAUCUUCGAAGCCGCCCUGCCCCGCCCCGGCUUCAACUACUUCCAGUUCACAACCCGCCAGCUGGAGGAAAAGCACGCCUUCGCCAUUUACGCCCACAAGGCCGGCACCCUCUCCGAGUGGAAGACCAUUGCCAAGGUCUCCCCGAAGCCGAACACGUCGCGCCAAAACGGGUUCAACCCGGUCGAGGACCUCGCCGUCUUCAACUUCAUGCCGCGGCCCUGGAACAACAGCGGAUGGGCCACGCCCGUCCGCCUAUCCGUGCCCCGACAGGUCUACGAACUCAAUUUCGUCGGCCUGCGCCGCGUGGGCCUCACGUACCGCAGCUUCCACUUUCGCUGCCCCGAGGAAGGCCACGCCCUGCCCAACAACCCGAUGCCUGAUGUGCAGCACCCCGGCCCGCAGUGGCCGAUGAGGCACUCGCCGCAGACUCGCGCCAAAAAGUGCCUGGGGCCUUGCUAUGUCUCGGUCAUGGUUUUCCCACGCUGGUUUCAGGACGCCAACGUGCUGUACUUGCUCGUGCGCGCCAACGGCGGCGAUCUGGUCAAGGAAUUCAGAAACCACCUACGCCUUUACUUUCCUCACUUGUCCCAGGCCAAGGCGCUGCCCAUUUUCCUUCGAGAACUGAAGAGCAGCAUCCCCGAGGUUGAAGUCUGCCGCGACGCGAAAACGUCUGGAUCGAGACCCUGGGACGUAUGCCAUAUCCUCCGCAGGGAACAUGCGCGUCUUCUCCGAGUAGGUACGGAGGGCCUCAACCCCAACAUGCAGUUCAAGGUGCUCGUCACCACCACCGCCAUGACGACCGAUGCGGAGUAG